AUGGAAACAGAGGCUGAUCAUUCUGACUCUGUACAGCCCUCUCAUUCUAACGAUGGUAGCUUAAGGAAUAAGCUACCUGACUGUGAAAGAUUACUUCUUUCACUAAAGUCUUCAUCAAAUUCUUGCCCCUCGAAUGGUUUAUAUGGUUUAUAUUCUUGUCAUAAUGCACUAAGUAAGUUUGAAGGAAGACAUCGUUGCGAUUAUGCCAAAGAGUUGAAAACGCCAAAAAACCCUAAUGACAUUACUACAUGGGUCAAUCAAUUCAAGCGUAUGCCACCCGCUCUCCAGCUUGACGCCUUGUCGAAACUACUGGGUGAAUGCUCAUUGGCACAUAUAAGACAUUUGCAAGAGGCCAUUGAGCCGCUUUUUCAACGCGAUUUUAUACGCGAUCUUCCGGCAGAGAUAGCUCUUCAUGUCAUGAGUUUUCUAUCCCCUGCUGACAUAGCACGUGUAUCACUGACUUGUCGUGACUGGCGAAACCUCGCCGAGGACAAUCAGUUAUGGAAAGGGAAAUGUGAAGAGUUAGGUGGUGCAAUCUUGGAUCCGCCGAGUGAUCGACAAAGUGGCGCCUGGGCAGAAACUGCCUGUACAAGUGGCAUUGAGGUGGUUGGUUAUCGCCCAGUUCUCAACGACUCUCACUGCCAGUCUCAUAUAUAUCGUCCAUUCACUCAUGGGUCGGAGUGGAAAGCUAGGUUUUUACGCCACCAAAGGAUUCAAGCAAAUUGGCGUUCUCGACCUUUGACAGGGUCUUGUAUCUUAAGAGGACAUGAUGAGCAUGUGAUUACCUGUUUAAAAAUUCACGGGGAUCUUAUAGUUACCGGUUCUGACGAUAAUACACUGAAAGUUUGGUCAGCGAGUAAAGCAACUUGUCUGCAUACCUUGACAGGACACACCGGAGGUGUAUGGUCAUCUGAGAUGUCGGAAUGCGGUUCUUUCAUAGUUAGCGGCUCGACAGACCGUACAGUGCGAGUUUGGGAUGUUGGUAGUGGAAGAUGUCUCUAUAAUUUGCAAGGCCAUACUAGUACCGUACGGUGCAUGGCUCUGAAAGAAAAUAUACUUGUCUCUGGUUCGCGGGAUACAACUAUUAGAGUCUGGAACAUAAGCACAGGCACUCAUUUAUGUACUCUUCACGGUCAUGUUUCAGCUGUUCGUUGUGUCAAGUUCGAUGGUAAACGAAUUGUUUCUGGAGCUUACGAUUAUUGUAUUAAAGUUUGGGAUGUAGAGUUAGGAGCCUGUAUACAUACUUUGACUGGGCAUAACAAUCGUGUCUAUUCGUUGCGGUUUGACAGUGAGCGCGAUAUAGUUGUUAGUGGUAGUUUGGACACUACUAUCAAAGUCUGGAAUAUUAGAACUGGUGAGUGUAUUCAAACAUUAGUUGGUCAUCAGUCCCUUACUUCCGGUAUGGAGCUUCGAGGCAAUAUCCUUGUUUCCGGAAAUGCUGACAGUACAAUUAAGGUAUGGGAUAUAAGAGACGGUCAAUGCAUAUAUACCCUCGCCGGAUCUAAUGGUCAUUCAUCUGCAGUAACUAGUCUGCAGUUUUUAGAAAACGGUUUAGUAGCUACAAGCAGCGAUGAUGGUACUUUUAUUCGCGAUUUGGUUCGUCUUCAAUCUGGUGGUUCUGGAGGCUGUAUUUGGCGUCUUAAGUCGACGCCGACAAUGCUAGUUUGUGCGGUGGGGUCCAGGAAUGGUACUGAGGACACUAAACUUAUUCUGCUUAAUUUUGAUUCAGAUUUCCCUGAGUUACCCAAAAUUGUCAACUGA